GAGUUAUUUAUACAGGAAAGGAUCUAAAGAUGGCAUCGUUUGAUCAACCUGUGCUGUUAAGCGAGCCCGAUGAUGAUCCUGAAAGAGCAACAGUUCUGCUUAUGGGGCUCGCAAGAGGUGGUAAAUCAUCCAUUUGUAAAGUUGUGUUCCAUAAUAUGCAGCCUCUGGAUACUUUAUAUCUUGAGUCUACGUCUAAGCCAACAACGGAGCAUUAUUCCUCACUUAUCGACUUGGCAGUUAUGGAACUUCCAGGACAGCUCAACUAUUUCGAGCCCUCCUAUGAUAGUGAGAAGCUAUUCAAAUCAGUUGGUGCACUUGUUUACGUCAUUGAUGCUCAAGACGAGUACCUCAAUGCACUGACAAAUCUUGCCAUGAUCAUCGAAUAUGCAUACAAGGUCAAUCCAGACAUUCAUAUCGAGGUGCUAAUACAUAAAGUGGAUGGCCUGAGUGAAGAUUUUAGAUUGGAUACACAGAGAGAUAUAAUGCAACGAAUUGGUGAUGAGCUAUUAGACUUGGGGAUUGAAGGUGUACAGGUGAGUUUCCACUUAACGAGUAUCUUCGAUCACAGUAUUUAUGAAGCGUUCUCAAGGGUCAUUCAAAAAUUAGUGCACGAACUACCAAGUUUGGAAAACUUAUUGGAUAACUUGGUGCAGCACUCAAGAAUUGAAAAGGCAUUCUUGUUUGAUGUCAAUUCGAAGAUCUACGUUGCAACAGACUCUUCUCCUGUGGACAUUCAAACUUAUGAAGUUUGUGCAGAGUUUAUAGACGUGACCGUGGAUUUGAACGAUUUGUACGAGAACGACACAUCAAACCUCAAAUGUUCAAGUGUUUUGCAAAAUGGUUACAUUUUGACUUUCCAUAAAAUGAUUAGAGGACUGGCUUUGGUAACUUUGAUUAAGGAUGCAGAUGUUGACAGUGCUAUGGCCAUUGUUGACUAUAACAUUGAAGUAUUCAACGAUGCCUUGAAAGAAAUCUGGAAGAAGUCCAUUGUGCAUCCAAUCAAAUAAUACUUAAUAACUUAUACUAUAACACACCUGUAUGACUAUAAUUAAUAUCAAUUAACUUCAGAC